AUCUUUGAUAUCGAUGAUAUGAAUGUGAUAUUAAAGCCAGAGCUCACGGUGAUCGCUGAAGAGCGCGACCUCUGGCUGCAGGUCAGAGUUCAGGCGCGCGUCGUUGCCAUGGAGACCGGCGCUGACGCGUCACCGAUCGAUCAAACGAACCUGUACCGAAUCAAAGCUUGCGUUUGUUCUGAUAAGAUGUGAAUUAAAGCUGACAUGCGACGGCGCCGGCUGAGGAAUGAACAAUUACAGGAUCAUCAGGAAGAUCGGAGAGGGAACGUUCUCUGACGUCAUGAAGGUCCAGAGUCUGAAGGACGGCAAACAUUACGCCUGUAAAACCAUGAAGCAGACCAUCGAGAGUGUGGAUCAGGCUCACAGUCUCCGGGAGGUUCAAGCCAUGAAGCGUUUGAGUCCCCAUCCCAACAUCAUCCAGCUUCAUGAGCUCAUUUACGAUAAAGACACGGGAACGCUGUCACUCAUCUGUGAGCUCAUGGAGAUGAACAUAUACGAGUUUAUUAAAGGCCGUCAGUGUCCUCUAGCGGAGAGUAAAGUCAAGCACUACAUGUUCCAGCUGUGCCGCUCUUUGGAUCACAUGCACAGCCAUGGCAUAUUCCACAGAGACGUGAAGCCAGAGAACAUCUUGAUCAAAAACGAUGUGCUGAAGCUGGCAGACUUCGGCUCCUGCAGGAGCAUCUUCUCCAGACCUCCUCACACCGAGUACAUCUCCACACGCUGGUACCGCGCGCCCGAGUGCCUGCUGACCGACGGACACUACUCGCAGAAGAUGGACAUGUGGAGCGCCGGAUGCGUCUUCUUCGAGAUCCUCAGUCUGAGCCCUUUAUUCCCCGGCCGAAACGAGUUAGACCAGGUCAGCAAAAUCCACGAUGUGCUGGGCACGCCGGACAGCUCGCUGCUGCAGAAGUUCAAACAGUCCCGUGCGAUGCGCUUCGACUUCCCUCCUCGCAGAGGCUGUGGGAUCUCCCAGCUGAUCCCUCAGUGCUCUGCAGCCGCUCUGUCUCUGCUGCACCAGAUGUUGACCUACGACCCCGAGGAGCGCAUCAGCGCCCGCACAGCGCUGCAGCACCCCUGCUUCAGAGAACUGCGGAUGUGUGAGAGGAAAGCAGCGAGUCUGCGGAAGGCGAUCGGAGCUGUCGAGGGAGAAUCCGUGGAUCAGCUGUGGAGAAUCGCACGGCAGGGAAGACGACAGCAUCUCAAGCACGCCAGCGACUCGCUCAGCCGACGAAACGCCUCGCACUUCCCUCUGGAGCUACCAAAACUCAACGUGGUGAUCCCGACACCCACAAUCCCUUACCCAGUGUCCAGCUUCCCAGCGCUGAGCGUCUCGCACCGCGGCUCUCUGCCGGCCAUCUCCAAAAAGUGCCACUCGCGUCUGACCAAACCCAAAGAAGAGCCACACCGUUUCAAGAGCAGCUACAUGCCUCCGCUGGAGCGCCGUCCAGACGAGUGCUGACCCACUGAACACUGACCAACACGCCUCGCGUCUGCCUCUGGUUCCAGUGUGCUGGCUUCAACAGACUAGACGUCAACAUUUACAUUACAUAAUAAAAGUCUGUGCACACACAGAAACACGCCGUUUUCAAACCAGUACAAGCUGAUUAUUUGCAUGGGUUUAUUGGCUGACCGAUUCAAACGGUCACGAUACAUCCGUCCCAAAUCUGACCUAACUGCAGUUUAUUGGUUUCAGAUUGUUGAAAACAGAUUCUAUAAAAAUGGAUGUAACUAAUGUAAGUCUGCUGCUUUCCAUUAGACCAGUAUUUAACCCAAACCAGACCAAUUAAUCUCUCUAAACGAGACGGAUCUCACGGCAGAGACAGCAAGUGCCAUUCGUGCUGGUUGUUCCUGGUGUUAUUGCACUUUUUAUUAUGGGAUGAACGUUAAACAGGAUCAUCAGCAGCGCUGGUUUGCUAUUGGAGCCACUGAGACAUUUCCACAAGUGGACUUUAUAUAGUGUUCAAUAAAGGGGUUUUACUGUACACUCGUUGCAGAUUGCCAUGUUUCGACAGCACACUGUAGAUAUCUGACAUUUGUGUUGCCUGUAAAUGAUCUCACUACUGUAUACCGACCACCAGAUCUGUAACGGUUCGCUUGAUGAUUUUACACGAAUGCAUUUUGGCAUGAAAUUUACCAUUUGCCAUAAACUCUACCUUUACAUUAGUGUUUUUGCACUUUUUUCAAUUAUACCAAUCAGCAUAAAUAAAACAGCUUAAAUCAAAUCAAAACACGGUCUUAGUAACAGAAGUGUCAAAUACACAUAUGGUGAAUGUUGGUUUCACCUGCUGACGUACAGUAGAACAAAAAUAAAUAGAUUCUGCGAAAUAGGACAAAAACUGUUAUUCUGGACCAGCAUGAA